CUCAGCCAUAUUUCUUGCGAGUGAGGGAAUGUUAGACUCGUGGUGAAUACUGGCCAGUAGGCCAGACUCUGUAAACAGCAAACAUGACGACGAGAUAUCGGGUCGAAUAUGCGCUCAAAACACAUCGACGUGAUCAGCUCAUCGAAUGGAUCAAAGGCCUUCUCGCGGUGCCGUUCGUGCUCAUGUCCCAGCCCACGAGCAUGUUCGAGCAGGACAAGCCCGGCAUCAACGAAAUGGCCCGCAAUGCGCACACGCGCUACGCCGAAAUCAUGCGAGACAUCGAGUACCUCAUCGCCGACCACAUCCGCAACCAAAAGUCCGGGACGGAGAAUGCAUCGAAGCUAAAACUCCUCGUGCCGUCGGUCGGAGUCUUCUUCACGCCUCUUCCAUUGCAGAAAGCGUUCGCCUUCCAGGAUUCCAAGCGCUUCAUCAGCUCCCGCAGAUUCGUCGCGCCUUCCUUCAACGACAUCCGACUCAUCCUCAACACUGCGCAGAUCAUGUCUCUUAUCAGCGGCGGGAGGCUCGAGCUGGCCACCUUCGACGGAGACGUCACGCUAUACGACGACGGCGACGUCCUCCGCCCCGACAACCCCUGCAUCCCUCGGAUUCUGGAUCUGCUGCGCAAAGGCACCAAGAUUGGCAUCGUUACGGCAGCUGGCUACACAGAGGCCGAGAAAUACUAUGAGCGACUCUUUGGCCUUCUCGACGCGAUAGCAUCGCACGAUCCUUCAAAUGCAUGGGAGCAUCACCUCGUGGUCAUGGGAGGCGAAAGUAACUUCCUCUUCACCUACACCCCCCGCUCGCCCCACAAACUCGAACGCGUGGAACCGGAGCAGUGGCAGUUGCCUGAGAUGCGGCAUUGGACGGAGGAAAUGGUGUCUGCGCUGCUCGACACGGCAGAGCAAGCGUUGAAGGAUUGUGUGUGUAAUCUGAACAUGCCCGUCGAAGUGCUGCGGAAAGAACGAGCCGUCGGCAUCUACCCGGCCGAGAAAGGCCUCCGACUUUCGCGGGAACAGCUCGAAGAGACGGUGCUGGUGACCCAACGAGUGCUCGAGAUGUCCGAAGCCGGGCAGCGGAUUCCCUUUUGCGCGUUCAAUGGCGGCAACGACAUCUUUGUGGACAUUGGCGACAAAUCACUCGGCGUUCGAGCAUGCCAGAACUACUUUGGUGGGAUCGAAGGGAGCAAGUCUCUGCAUAUUGGCGAUCAAUUCCUCAGUGCAGGGGCGAAUGACUUCAAGGCGAGGCUGGCGUGUACGACGGCGUGGAUUGCAAGCCCGGCCGAGACGGUCGCACUGCUUGAUGAGAUUGCGCAGCUCAGCGCGUAGACAUAGAGUAGCUAAUUAAAUCAGA